AUGGUUACCCCACUUGAGAAAGCUAUCGAGAGGUAUAUUGAUGGCUUACCGGACUCUGUACAAGACAUCGUCACUGGGUUUGCUGCUAGAUCGUGUGGUUUUGUUGUUCUGUCGUUCUUGUUGCACGUUGCAUGGUUCUUGAUUUCAGUUGCCAUGGAUUCUAGUCAGUUCAAGCCUUCGGAUAUGGAUGCUAGACAUGUUAAGCCGCCGGAUAUAUUGAGUUCCUCGUUAAACCCUAAUAAGGGUUUUGCCGGGGUCAAUGAAAACACUGAUACAACUCCUAGUUCAACGCCAGGUACUGCUCCGAUCCGUGGUAUUGGGUUACGGGUAACAAACAUUGAAGGUAAUACAUUGAUGCCUAGGAGGGGGUUAUAUUCCACGAAUAAUCAAUCAGUUCUUGACGGGCUGGAGGCCAUAUCUAUACCUGUGGAUAACCUAUUUGCGGCUGGUGGUUCGUCGUCAAUGGCUAACAAGGGUAAACCUGAUAGUGUGCAUGAUGACUGUUACUGGGAUACUUAUAAGGCGGAAGAAUCAGUAUCGUAUGCUGAAAAAGUUCAGUCUACGCGGAUGAAAAGAGAGGUUAACUUCAGACUUAUGAAGGCCACGGAAUCUAGAGAUGAUGCGGAUGUUGUUAUACCGAGAGAGGUGGUGCAGAAGGUUCAAAACAAAUUUGAUAAUGUGCUCUAUGGGUACUUUCUAGGGAAUCGCUUACCGUUUCCGGUGGUCGAGUAUUAUGCGAAGAAUGUUUGGGCUAAGUAUGGGUUUUCGAAGCUUAUGAUGAACACGUCGGGGUUCUUUUUCUUUAAGUUUGAUUCAAAGGAGGGAUUGACGAAGGUUUUAGAAGGAGGACCAUGGUUAAUACGUAAAGUUCCAUUAUUUCUGAAUGUAUGGUCUCCGAAGGUUACUCUCAAGAAGGAUAGCAUCAAAACAGUUCCAGUAUGGGUUAAGUUGCACAAUGUGCCGAUUGCGGUCUACACUGAUGAUGGAUUGAGCUUGCUGGCAUCAAAGUUAGGGACCCCUAAAAGGUUAGAUUCUUAUACAGCCGAUAUGUGCGUUGACAAUUGGGGAAGGAGUAGUUAUGCUCGGGCAAUGAUUGAGAUAAAUGCUGAUAAUGAGUUAAAAGAUUAUAUUACUGUGGCUAUCCCGAAAAUGGAUGAGGAGGGUUUUGUUUUGGAACGGGUUAAAGUUGAAUAUGAGUGGAAGCCGCUCCGCUGUAGUUCAUGUUGUUUGUUUGGCCACGAUGAUAACACAUGUCACAAGAAACCUAAAGGUAAGGCUAAGGUGGUAACGGUUGAUGAGGAGGGUUUUGUCACUGACAACAGAAGGAUGGCGAGGUACUCGUUUCCUCAAAAGAAGCAGAAACCAAGGGUUGUGUAUAAGCAAAAGACUAAUAAAAACCAUGCAAGUACGUCUGGGACGAAGGGGGAUACAUCGGAUGUGCCGUUGUCGAACGCUUUUGAGGUGCUUGAUAACAGCAAGAAUGAGGAGAAAAGGGACCCGACAAGUGCCAAAUCAAUGGUUGAUGAAACUCAUGGGACUCGUAUACAACAACCUGAGGAAGUUAUCGAGGUGAUCCCGACAGAGAUGGCUGAUUUUAUGAGAGAUAAGAUUUGCAAGAAGGUAUUCAGGAAUUGGAGCUGGACUUCAAAUGGCGGAGUCUGUGAUAGGGGUACGAGAGUUAUAUUGGGAUGGAAUGCUGAUGAUAUUGAUCUUAUGGUUGUCUCUCAGUCUGAUCAGGAUAGGAGGAGCCUGUGGACUGAUCUAUGCAAUUUUAGGGGCAUUACUAAUGAUGUUCCUUGGGUAGUCAUGGGGGAUUUUAACGCUGCUUUGAACAUGGAGGAUUUUCUUACAGGUCCAUCUUCUCACACGAUUGCGAUGAGAGAUUUUUAUGAUUGUGUGCAAAAUACUGAGCUUAUAGAUGUGAAGAGUCAUGGGCUUCAUUUUACAUGGAGUCAAAGACCAAAGGAUGGGGUGGGAACUCUUAAGAAGAUUGACCGGAUUAUGGGUAAUGUCAAACUUUUAGAUGUUUUUCCGGAUGCGUAUGCUAUGUUCCAGCCAUUCCGUGUUUCGGAUCAUGCUCCUGGAAUUUUGAGGUUAGCUUCGAUGGAUACGGGUAGGCCAAAACCUUUUAAGUUUCCAAAUUUUAUUACGUCGAAGCCUGAUUUUGGCCAAGCAGUUACCGCUGAAUGGUCUAAAAAUGUGGAGGGGGUUGCCAUGUAUUCUGUUGUUCAAAAAAUGAAGAGUUUGAAACCUCACUUUAGGAGGAUCCUUCGUAACCAGGGCAAUUUACACAAGAGAGUUACUGAGCUGCGGAACCAACUGGAUCAGAUUCAAAAGCAAGUUGAUGCUAGUCCAUUUGAUACGGCUUUGCGGUCUUCAGAAGCUAUUUGUCUUCAAGAGUACAAGAUUGCAGCUUAUGACGAGGAGUGUUUUCUAAAACAAAAGGCUAAAGUUCAGUGGCUUUGUGCGGGUGAUUCAAACACCUCUUACUUUCAUAAUUAUGUGAAAGGCAGGAAUGCUCGGAGUAAAAUUCAUUGCAUCAAAGACACGAAGGGGAACCUGUUUGAAGGUGAUGAUGUGCCUACGGCUCUUCUUGCUCAUUACUCGGUUUUCAUGGGCACGGAAGAUCAAGUUGAUAAGGUGGAUGAUACAGAUAUGUUUGUUAAUGUCUUGCAACCCAAUGUGGCAGAAAAUAUGGUUAGACAGGUUACUGAAGAUGAAGUCAAACGGGCGAUGUUUAGUAUAGGUGAAAAUAAGGCGCCGGGUCCGGAUGGAUAUACGUCAGCUUUCUUUAAGAAGUCUUGGGAUGUUGUGGGUGGCGAGGUGACUAAGGCAGUGCUUGAUUUCUUUAGUAAUGGGCAAAUUCUUAAACAAAUCAAUCAUACGAUUCUUGCAUUGGUUCCGAAGGUUGAAACGCCAAAUACGGUACUUGAUUACCGUCCGAUAUCGUGCUGUAAUGUGUUAUAUAAGUGUAUUAGCAAAAUAAUCACUGAUCGGAUUAAAAGGGGCUUGGGAUAUUUAGUGAAUAUAAACCAAUCUGCGUUUGUUCCUGGAAGGAAGAUAUCCGAUAAUAUUCUUCUUACUCAGGAACUCAUGCAUAAUUACCAUGUAGAUCGAGGCCCUCCUAGAUGUGCUUUGAAGAUUGAUAUUCAGAAAGCGUAUGAUACUGUUAGCUGGUCGUUUUUGGAGGAGAUCCUAAUCAGGUUUGGUUUCCAUCAGAAAAUGAUUUCUUGGAUUAUGGCUUGUGUCACAACAGUCUCGUAUUCGGUUAGCAUUAAUGGCGAGUUACAUGGCUAUUUUAGAGGGAAGCGGGGGCUUAGACAAGGAGAUCCAAUGUCUCCAUACUUAUUUACAUUAGUGAUGGAGGUUUUAUCUCUUAUGUUGCAGAAGAUGGCUCUAAAUAAUGCAUUCAGCGUCUCCGGUCUCGUGCCUAGUCUGCCGAAGAGUACAAUAUUCUUUUGUAAUGUUCCAAGCGAUGUCAAAUCUAACAUUCUGAGUUUGUUGCCGUUUCGUGAGGGCUCUCUUCCGGUCCGUUAUCUUGGAGUUCCCCUAAUUUCCACCAGACUCUCAUUUAGAGACUGCAGAAUCCUAGUGGAACGUAUGGAGAGGAAGGUUGAUAAUUGGUUGACUAAAUCUUUAUCCUUUGCAGGAAGGUUGCAGCUUAUUAAGUCUGUCCUAUCGGCAAUGUAUACAUAUUGGGCGUCGGUGUUCAUCUUGCCAAUGCGUAUUGUGAAGGAUCUAGAAAAGAGAAUGAGAAGGUUUCUAUGGAAUGCAAGCUCUUCGAGGAGUACUCGGUCUAAAGUCCCAUGGAAAGAUGUUUGCAAACCUAAGGAGGAGGGAGGCCUUGGUAUCCGUAGUAUAUCGGAGGUUAACAAAGCCCUUAUCACGUCGCAUAUUUGGAGUAUCAUCACCAAUAGAGAAUCUCUAUGGGUCCAAUGGAUUCAUGCUUACAGGUUAAAAGGUCGGAACUUUUGGGAGAUUCCAGCACGGGGGAAUCUGACUUGGAGUUGGCGGAAGAUAUUAGCCAUUCGAAGUUUAGUUCGUCCGUUUGUUUGGAAGUCUAUUGGUAACGGUAACGGGACUAAUGUGUGGAGUGACAAUUGGUGUUCAUGCAGUCCCAUUCGACAUUUCAUCACUCCAAGGAUGAUAGCUCGAGAAGGUUUUACUUUGACAAAUACAGUGGCUGACAUCAUUGAUAGUAAUGGGGACUGGCGAUGGCCACAUGCGUGGUUGGAUCUCUUUCCGGUUCUAAUAAAUGUGGCACGGCCUGUCAUCGCUCAAGAUAUGGAGGACAGGUUUGGAUGGAAAAGUUUUGAUGGGAAAAUAGGUCACUUUACUUCUUGGGAGGCAUGGAAUAAUUUGCGGGUUAGGGAGAACAAGGUGGCAUGGGUAAACAUGGUGUGGUAUGGCCAAUGUAUUCCAAGACAUUCGUUCCAUAUUUGGUUGGUGAUAACAAACAAGCUGAAAACUCAAGAUAGAUUGGCGGUGUGGGAAGCGGGGAGUGAGACGAACCUAAUACUUAUGUGUUGUCCUUUAUGUAAGUAUGGUCGAGACUCAAGAGAUCAUCUAUUCUUUCAAUGCUGUUUUUCGGCUAAGGUUUGGAACAUUGUCAACAAAAGGGUUGAUAUGGGGAUGGUUAAUGAUACGUGGAGUUCGGUAAUGGCUUGGGUUGAUCAGCAUGCGAACUCAAAGAAGCUGGAGCAUAUUGUGUGCAAGCUUGUUGUAGCGGCUUCUACAUACUUCAUAUGGCAAGAACGUAACAACCGACUGUUUUCAAACCUGCAACGGAGUGAAAAUACGGUAGCACAGCUGAUUCUUGAUAUAGUGCGGCUUCGGAUUAUGGGGUUCAAGGUGAGCGGUGAUGUUAACCAUCGGAAGCUACUGGAAAGAUGGAAGAUAAAGGAGGAUGACCCGGGUUAA